UUCAUGUACCGACUCAAUUCAGAAAAUUCUGUAACAACAAUUUCCCCAUUACUUAAUCCCACUCUCACCAAACCCAAAUCUAUUCUUGCAACAUCUCUCAUCCCAAAAUCAUUUUAAGAAAGAAACGCGAAUUUCAUUGCAAAAGCUGAAACCGAGCUGAAAGAUAACACAGACCCCAUAACCUCACCAAAAUCCAUACAAAUGACAAACCUCCUCAUUCUCCUCUGUUUUUCUUCUCUCGUCUCAAUCCCAUCUUCUUCGCAGCCAACCCAGUUCACCUACGCCGGAUUCCGGCAAAUCGGACCCAACGUCACCCUCUCCGGAUCGUCCCAGAUUCUGAAAAACGGCGUACUCAAACUAACCAACGACUCAAGCAAACUAAUGGGUCAUGCAUUUUACACCUCUCCACUUCGGUUCAAGAGCUCCCCGAACGGCUCUGUUUUCUCCUUCUCCACUUGUUUCGCCUUCGUUAUAGUCCCUGAGUACCAGACACUCGGCGGGCACGGGCUCGCUUUCGCUCUCUCGCCGUCUAGAGAUCUCAGCUCGGCUCUCCCCAGUCACUAUCUGGGACUGUUUAACGAUUCGGAUGUGGGGAAUUCCUCUAACCAUUUAUUUGCUGUGGAGUUUGAUACGAUUCAGAAUGUCGAGUUGGGAGAUAUCAAUGAUAACCACAUAGGAAUCGACAUCAACAGCUUGAAAUCGAAUGAAUCUGCAGUUGCGGCGUAUUACACCACAGAUAUGAAAAAGCAAGAGCUGAAUCUCAAAGGUGGAAAACCCAUACUAGUUUGGAUCGAUUACGAUUCAGUUUCUACUCAAAUCAAUGUCACUAUUUCGCCAUCGAAUUUGAAACCCAGAUUGCCAAUCAUUUCCUACAAAUAUGAUCUCUCCACAUUACUCCAUGAAAGUAUGUACGUUGGGUUUUCUGCUUCCACUGGUUUGCUCGCUAGCUCGCAUUACAUAUUGGGUUGGAGCUUUAAAAUGAAUGGGAUUGCAGAAUCCCUCAGCUUCAACUCUCUGCCAUCACUACCUGGACCAGAAAAGAGACAAACAACUCUGAUUAUUGGUGUUUCGGUGUCAUCUUCUCUUUUUCUAAUUGCUGCAAUCUUGGGUGGUGUGUAUGUGUUCUGGAAAAUCAAGAACAGGGACGUAAUUGAAGACUGGGAGCUCGAACUCGGUCCCCACAGGUUUUCAUACCAAGAGCUUAAGCAAGCCACCAGAGGUUUCAAGGACAGUGAGCUACUUGGGGUUGGUGGGUUUGGGCGAGUAUACAAAGGAACACUCCCAAAUUCAAACGCUCAAGUUGCCGUGAAGAGAAUUUCGCAUGAUUCAAGGCAGGGGUUGCGCGAAUUUCUUUCUGAAAUCGCUAGCAUUGGCAGGCUGAGGCAUAGGAACCUUGUUCAAUUACUUGGUUGGUGUCGACGUCGAGGUGAUCUACUCCUUGUCUAUGAUUUUAUGCCAAAUGGGAGCUUAGAAAAAUUAUUGUUCGACAAACCAGAAAAAUUACUAAAUUGGCAACAGAGAUUCCACAUCAUCAAAGGUGUUGCUUCAGGCCUUUUAUAUUUACAUGAAGGGUAUGAGCAAGUUGUCAUACACAGAGAUGUAAAGGCCAGUAAUGUGUUGCUUGACAGUGAACUAAAUGGGAGACUAGGCGAUUUUGGGCUGGCAAGAUUGUACGACCACGGGGCUAAUCCGGGUACGACACGUCUCGUUGGCACUUUCGGGUACCUUGCACCAGAGUUGCCCAAGACAGGAAAGGCCUCCACCAAAUCCGAUGUGUUUGCUUUUGGUGCCCUUUUGCUUGAGGUUGUUUGCGGACGAAGGCCCGUUGAGCCCAAGGCAGCCCCAGAGGAGUUGGUUUUGGUGGAUUGGGUUCGGGACACGUGGAAAGAAGGGAGUGUGGUUGGGCUAGUAGACCCGAAAUUGGAAGGUGAGUUUGAUGAUUUUGAAGUAGUGAUGGUUUUGAAGUUGGGGUUAAUGUGUUCAAAUGAUGUGCCUAUGGUAAGGCCUAGUAUGAGGCAAGUGGUGAGGUAUUUGGAAGGCGAGAUCCUGUUACCGGAUGACUUGAGUCCGCUGUUGGAAGGGAAUGGCAGUGGGGGUGGGGGUCGUGGCGUGGGUGGCGAAGGGUUUGACGGUUAUGAGAAUUCGUUUUUGUUUUCGUCAUCUUUCGAGAAGGGGUCGUAUAGUUCAUUCAGGAGAGGAGAUGUUGAUGCAAGUUUUGGUUCUAUUUCUACUUCACCUAUUUCUCUUCUCGAUACCGGAGAUGCCAGAUAGUGAAAAUUGAAGCAAAGUACAUGUUGUACAAGCUUUUCUUCUUGCGGGGAAAUUGGUCUGAGAAAAAGAACAGUUAGUUUUCAAGCAUUUACUCAGGAAAACUGUAUUCUUUGUUGUUUUUCUUUGAAUAGCAAUCACAAGACUCAAGAGUCCCCUUUGUUGGAACCGAUAUGAGCAUUGAAGAGGACUAUAUGGUUGAA